CAUGAGAUCAUCCACAUUAGCAGUUCACAGAGGAAGAUGUGCUCCUAGUGCAUGAAACAUGUGUUCGAAAUCCUUAUUUAUGCAGUGUAUGACGUUCUUGCUGCUCUCUCUCUUAAUGACUGCUGCUUUGCGAAUAACAGAAACAGAAUCUACGGCAACGAGCACAGACGCCGGUGGCGCUCCCUCCAAUCAUUUAACACGUACUGGUGAAAUAACAGACAUUGUCACGAACGUUACUUUGCAUGAAAGAGGCGACAUUGUACAAGUUUUAAUUAGCUGGGGGGACAAUAUGCCAAAAGGUACUUCAUAUAAUAUUAUUGUGACUGCACAAAAUUCAACGGAAUGCAGUGAACCUCCCUGCAGUGUCUAUGGAAUUAUUAAAGAUACAAAGCAGAUGAUUAUACCAGAAAAUCCGAUGACGCAGGUGGACCAAAAUGAGUGUGGUUUCAUGUUUGGGUGCAAUUAUUCAGUGAUAGUGGAAACAUCUAACGCGGCGGUGUCACAGCGGGCGACUGUGUCGGUGCCAUAUUGCAUUAAGGAAGCCUGCUCCUGUCGGCAUGCCAGAGCACUGCCUAAAGUGAUAUCAUCCGUCAAUAUACCUAAUAACGAGACUAUAAUUUAUAACUGGUCAAUAAAAUAUGAAAAAGGGGCGGACCCGGUUAAGUAUAAGGCCAAGGAUGCAAACGAGCACUGGACACUGUAUUUAAUCAUCAGCGAACAAACAAAUCCCUCCCUCUCUUGGGGCGGACGACUCAUACCACUUAUAGAGCACCUGUACCCUAUAAAAAAUGUUUCGCUCCUUAAGGCCAAAGGCGGCAUGCAAGGCGCCUUUAAAAUAGGAAUUCCAAAGCAAUUAGUUUCUAAGGCGGCGCUCAAAUUUCGUUCAUACAUAAUUGACGAUUUGCAAUGUGGUGGUCCUGAAGACUUCACGAAGGCAACAGUGCCGGAUUUUUCAAAAGCUAUUGAAGGCAUGGAGACUACUGACUUCGAUUUGGGCAUAGCAUUAAUUAUUCUCAGCGCGCUUUUCCUUGCCAUCAUCGUUUUGGCAUUGACAAUUUGUUGCUGGAAGCGCAGAAAAAUGGCGAAAUUUCACAAUGGUGUUUUGCAAAAGGACGAAAAUUAUUUAUCCAGCAUGAUCGAGAUGGAAGACAACAUCAACUACGUCGAUAAAUAUGUAGAGGAAGCCCAAGCAAAAGGCCUGGCUGAUGUCUUCGAAAUACCGCACAGUGCUAUACAUAUUGGUCCGGAAAUUGGCGAAGGAGCAUUUGGCCGUGUUUACAAAGCCGUUGCUGUAAACUUGCGACGAAUGCGAGGCAGUCAUGUGGUAGCGGUGAAGCAAUUGAAAAAAAAUCCCACUUCGGAUGAAGUAGCGGAGUUUUUGAGUGAAAUCGAAAUGCUGAAAGGUGUGGGCACACACAACAACAUUGUUUGCUUUUUCGGAUGCUGUACCAUACGCGCUCCAUAUCUUAUGAUCAUGGAGUUUGUAGGGCGUGGUGAUUUGUUGACUUACCUCCGCACAGUGCGCCAAACAUCCGCAAAAGUUAAAGCAAAUGGCAGCGUGAAUAAUUAUACGAGCUGCAAUCAGGCACAGCCUGAUAAGCCGAAAGUGAAAUACAUAGAAUUAAAAUUAUCAACUCAAACUUUGGACAGUGAAAGUGAGACGGAACGCCAGCCAAAAGCAUCCGUCGCUGAGACUACUUACACAAUUGUCGAUGACGAGGACUAUAACGAAAUAUUUGAGUAUAUUUUAGAUCACAAAGAACUGCACAAUUUUGCACUACAAAUUGCUAAUGGCAUGCGUUUUCUAGAAGAGCAGGAGAUUACGCAUAGGGAUUUAGCAGCGCGCAAUGUGCUCAUAGACAACCACAAAACUUUGAAAAUAUCUGAUUUUGGUCUAUCCCGCCACGGUAUCUAUACCAACACAAAAACUCGAAAGCUGCCAUUGCGUUGGCUAUCCAUUGAGGCGAUUCGUGACAAUGUUUACUCGAACAAAAGCGACGUAUGGGCAUACGGCGUCGUUUUGUGGGAGAUCGGCACCCUGGGCGCCUCGCCAUAUCCGACCAUCAGCAACCACGAAUUAAUCCCGUAUUUGUUGUCCGGCAAAAGACUGGAGAAACCGGAAAUAUGUACCGAUCAGGUUUACGCUAUUAUGUUGCAAUGCUGGGAUGAGAAUGCGGAGGAGCGACCCAACUUUGCCGAGCUCUACAAGGCUCUAAGUCCUCGCGCUGCUUAUGUUGAUAUUAACAGUCUGAGUGAUGAUUACGUUUUUCCACCGAUUUAAUAAUUAAAUUCAAUGUA